UGAUUGGUUGAUAUUAGAUCCUUUUAUUUUGUAUAUUUGUUGGGUUGUGGUGAUUGUUAGGUACCUUUAGAUUCUUUUGGAGAUUAUAUAUUCGAUCAUCUUGCUUAUGGGCUAUGACGAUUUUUUUUUUAAAAACUGAGUUCCUCUGCCAAGGUGGGUUUGACUUUAUGGUCAAAGAUGCAAACUUUGUUCUUGAAUCUUAUUCUUUGGGAGAUUCAUCUUGUUUGUGAUCAAAGCUAUGUGAUCAUGGUUUUCUCGGGUUUCGAUUCUUGACCAUUUUUACAGAAAAUUGAUUCGGUUCAGAUUUAAAGAUGUAUGUAGUUGAAAGCAGAGGAGGAGCGAUAGCAUGCAUGCUGCUCGCGCUCCUCUUCUUAGGAACAUGGCCCGCCAUUCUAACACUGUUAGAAAGACGUGGUCGCCUUCCUCAACACACUUAUCUUGAUUACACAAUCACCAAUCUCUUGGCUGCUGUCAUAAUCGCUUUCACAUUUGGGGAAUUUGGCCAUACCAAUGAUGGUAAACCCAAUUUCCUAAUCCAGCUUUCUCAGAAUAAUUGGCCAAGUGUUUUGUUUGCGAUGGUGGGUGGCGUGGUUUUAAGCCUUGGAAAUCUUUCAACACAAUACGCGUGGGCAUUUGUUGGUUUAUCAGUAACCGAGGUCAUCACCUCAAGUAUUACAGUUGUUAUAGGUACAACUUUGAACUACUUUUUAGACGACAAGAUCAAUAGAGCUGAGAUACUUUUUCCUGGGGUCGCGUGUUUCUUGAUCGCUGUCUGUUUAGGUUCAGCAGUGCAUGCAUCCAAUGCUAAAGACAAUAAAGAAAAGCUUAACAAAUUACAAGGUUCUCAAGUUGGUGAAAACAGAUCAUUUAGUAACGGGUCAAAAACGAUAUCAAAAAAUGAUCUCGAGUAUGGAAGCAGUAAACCGGAGAAAGCAAAAGCAGGAACUGCUAGUUUUCUUAUUGAACUCGAGAACCGAAGAUCAAUCAAGGUAUUUGGAAGGAGCACUUUGAUUGGUUUAGCCAUGUGUUUGUUUGCUGGAAUUUGUUUUUCUCUCUUCUCACCAGCAUUUAACCUUGCAACCAAUGACCAAUGGAAUACAUUGGAUGAUGGUGUUCCUCACUUAAGUGUCUACACAGCUUUUUUCUACUUUUCUUGCUCUUGUUUUGUGAUUGCCAUAAUUUUAAACAUUACAUUCCUUUAUCACCCGGCAUUCAACUUGCCUAAAUCUUCAAUCAAAGCCUAUUUGAAUGACUGGGAAGGGCGUGGUUGGGCGUUUCUGGCUGGCUUUCUGUGUGGUUUUGGGAAUGGUCUCCAGUUUAUGGGAGGCCAAGCUGCUGGUUAUGCUGCAGCUGAUGCAGUUCAGGCACUUCCACUUGUGAGUACCUUUUGGGGUGUGUUGUUUUUUGGUGAAUACAGAAAAUCGUCAAGGAGAACAUAUGUGCUUCUUGUAGGCAUGUUGUCCAUGUUUAUUGUGGCUGUUGGAGUUCUAAUGGCGUCAUCUGGCCACCGCAAAAAUUAAGAUGAUCAAAAGACAAAAAUGUAAAACUAGAUUUUGGAAGUGUUAAGUGAUUGUAUGAUCAAUAUUUGUACAGGAACACAAACAGAUUUAAAGGUAUAAAUGCACAAAGCAUAUAAGAAUAUUUGUAAGUUUGAUAUUAAAAUUGAUGAUUGUAAAAUAAGAGUUGGUAGAAAAUUUAGUGUUUGUAUUCAUUGCACUAAGUUGUAACUUCCUUUUCUUUCUUCAGUAGUGCUAUAGAGAUAUUUCUUU